AUAUUAUGAUUUAUAUUAAAUGCAAUAUUAAAAUAACAUUUUUUGUCUCUUUCUUCAGCAACCCCAGCGUCAACAGCAGCAACGAAACCGCCGACCAGCAGGAAACUACCAGCGGCACCAGGAAAGUGUCCGACGACGGGAAGAAAACCGCCGACGACGCGAAGAAAACCUCCGGCGGCAGGAUGAAAACCACCGCCGGCAGGAAGAAAACCGCCGGCGGCAGGAGGAAAAUAGCCGUCGGCAGGAAGAAAAUCGCCGUCGGCUGGAGGAAAACCGUCGUCGGGAGAAAGAAAACAAAGAAAAAAAUAAUUCCGAAAAGAAAAAGAACAAUCAUUAUUUCCAAAUGCGACGCAUCCAAAAACAAAACCUAGAGCUGGA